AACAAAAAUUUUUCGUUGUAUGCAGUAGUAAUUGUCAAUAUCGAAGAGAAAAGAGAUAUGAAAAAAUUACUAUUAAUUUACAUCCCAACUAUUCUUUUCAUCCAGACUGAAGCUCUGAAAUGCUACAAAUGCUCAGCUUUCUCCCAACCCACCUUCGAAGACUGUCUCAACGUCGAUGACAGCACCAAGGUCGAAAAAUGCACGAAAGAAACUGAUGUCUGCGCUGCCGUUGGCUUGAACUACCACCGUAAUGAGACAUACAUAGAAUAUACAAACAUCAGAAGAUGCACCGACAAGAAUUACUGCAUUGGCUAUAGUUACGCUUACAAUGAAGAAGAUAUAAGAAGAUGUCAAGUGUGCACUACUGACUUGUGCAACACUAUAACGCUGCUUCCUUCGAAUGUGACUAAUCCUACUAAGUCGAGCAUGCCGAAUGGAGGAGCUAAGGGUGAAGCCAAGGGAGGAGCUGAGGGUGAAGCCAAGGGAGAAACUAAGGUUGAAGCCAAGGGAGGAGCUGAAGGUGAAGCCAAGGAAGGAGCUAAAGGUGAAACCAAAGGAAAGCCCAAGAAUGAAGCCAAGGAAGGAGCUAAAAAUGAAUCCAAGAGAAAGCCUGAGGGCGCACCCAAAGGGGGAGCUAAAGAUGAAGCUAAGGGAAAACCUAAAGGUGAAGCUAAGGGAAAGUCUAAUGGUGAAGCUAAAGGGGGAGCUGAAGGCGGAGCAAAAGGAGAAGUUAAGGGAAAACCUAAGAAUGGAGCUAAAGGAGGAGGUAAGAAUGAAGUGAAGGGCAAGCCUAAAGGUGAAGCCAAGGAAGGAGCUAAGGAUGAAUCCAAGGGAAAGCCUAAGGGAGAAGCCAAGGGAGAAGCUAAAGAUGAAGCUAAGGGAAAGCCUAAGGGUGAAGCUAAGGGAAAGCCUAAGGGCGAAGCUAAAAUAGGAGCUAAAGAUAAAUCUAAGGGAAAGCCUAAGGGUGAAGCUAAGGGAGGAGCUAAAGGUGAAGCCAAGGGAAAGCCUAAGAAUGAAGCUAAGGCGAGAGGUAAGGAUGAAGUGGAGGGAAAGCCUAAGGGUGAAGCCAAGAAAGGAUCUAAGGAGGAAUCCAAGGGAAAGCCUAAGGGUGAAGCCAAGGGAGAAGCAAAAACUGAAACAAAUGGAAAGCCUAAGCGUGAAGUCAAGCAGGGGCACAAGUCGAAACCUCCUACGUUUAUUUCUUUUGCACCUAAGUCAGGAUGAGUUUGAAUGCAAGGAUAAGUGAUUUUGUUUCUUUUAUAAAUAAUCGAAAUUAAAUAAAUAAAUAAUUUAAUAAUAUAAUGCCUCGCUGUAGAGGUAGAUGCAGUUGGUUGUACAGAGGUAGAUAUCGAAUACUACAGUUUUCGGCUAUCGAUUGUCUUAUCUUUUAGUAAUAUUCACUGUACUAACAGACAUUUUCCCAAAAUCAAUAUCCUCAAUAAAUAACUUGGACGCUAACAAAUUAUUGCACUCAAUAGAAAUGAAAAUUUA